AAAAAAAACUCCGAAAACUUUAAAUUCAAAAAAAAAAUUGAAAAAAUAGAGAGCUCCACAAAAACAACAAAUACAAAUCUAUUUUGACCGUAAUGGAUUGUCAACCUUUCUCGAUACUCGAUGUAUAAAUAGUGAAUAGCUUCAACACAUUGAUUAUUUAUCAUUCAAAUGACGGGGUAAUCGUUAACCUGAAAAAAAACUUGAUUUUUGUUGUUGUUGCUGUCCCAUUUAUUGUCAUCAUAUUGUUAGCUAUUGUCCUUUAAUCCCAAUCAACAAAACUAACGAAUUGUUUUUUGUUGUUGUUGUUGUUGAAUGCUCACUGUCAUCGCAAUCAUUUGGACAACAACAACAACAACAAAAAAGUUUCAUUCAUUCAUUAUGGUGAUGGGAGUUUCAUUUAUAAAAUAAAAUUUUUUAUUUUUCUAAACAAAGCAAAAAAUUCUCAAUUUAUAGAGAAUCUACUGUGACAGACGCGUUAAACGAUAAUCAAUAAUAUUUGUGAAAAUUUAAAUUCAAGAAACAACAAACGAAAAUUCAACAACCACACACACACAAAUAAUGGAUGAUUAUGAACGUGUAUUAUUAGUGAAACCGGAUGUUCAUGUUUAUAAAAUUCCACCACGUGUAUCGAAUCGUGCCUAUAGGGCAUCAGAUUGGAAUCUUGAUUCGCCUGAUUGGAAUUGUCGAUUACGGUUAAUUGCAAAAGGUGAUGAUUGUUUUAUUAAAUUGGAUGAAAAAUCUACUGGACAAUUUUUUGGCAAAUGUCCAGUGGAUAAAUAUCCAGGCAUGGCAAUAGAAUCAGUAUCGGAUUCAUCACGUUAUUUUGUAUUACGUUUGGUUAAUGAACAAACAAAUCGUACGGCAUUUGUUGGCAUCGGUUUUAUUGAUCGUAGUGAUAGUUUUGAUUUAAAUGUUGCCCUACAAGAUCAUUUCAAAAUUGUUCAUUUAGAACAUAAAAAUGAUGAAAAAGAAGAUUGUGGACCAAAAUUAGAUUUGAAAUUUAAAGAAGGUGAAACUAUCAAAGUUAAUCUGAAUAUUGGUAAUAAAAUUGGUUCGUCUAAACCUCGACCACCAAAAUCAUCCAGUAAAACGGCUAGCGGUGGUGGUAUACUGUUACCACCACCACCUGGUUCUAAAAUGAUCUCUUCCACAAAUCAAUCAUCAUCAUCAUCAACAAAAACCAUUACAACAAUUGAUCAUUUAGAAUCAUCAUCGAAAUCUAAUCUUUUGGAUGAUCUUGAUUCAUUACAUAUCACUAGUUUGGUAAAUAAUCGUGAUGGUGAUGAUGAUGAUGAUGAUGAUAAUGAUGAUAGUAGUGAUGGUUCUUGUCGUAAAAUGGUGCUCAAUAAUAAUCAAAUAAAAUCCAUCGAUGAAUCAUCAACAAUGGAUCAAAUUUUUAAAUCAUUCGUGCCUAAAGAUUCGGAUCAUGUCGAUCUUUUUGCUGAUAAUAAUAAUUCAAUUAUUGAAAAUACAACAACCACUACUGCUGCAUCAAAAUUAUCAACGAAUGAUCAGAUAUGGUCAGAUUUUACAUCGUGCAAUACUAUUGCUACUAGCCAAUUGAAACCGGAAUCGAUUGAAACAUUUAUGUCUAAUGAUGAUGAUGAUUCAACAAAAGCCAAUCAAUUUGAUGAUUGGGCUAAAUUUUGAAUUUGAAUAAUUUCUUUUUUUUUCUCCAAUUUUAAAACACUUGUAAUCUUAAUUUUCUAUAAAUGUUUUUUUUCUGGCAACAACAACAACAAAAAGAGAACAUAGAAUAGAAUCAAUCAUUUGUGCUUAAUCUGGUGGAUACAACAAGAUUAAUGAUCCGUAAAGAUCCGUAAUAUUGUGAUCAAAAGAUAAACAUUAGAUAAAAAUGAAAUGGAAUCAAUGGAAUUUGGUUGUUAUUCAAAAAUAAAAUAAACUACUCAGACCUGAUUA